AGCCUGAGUUCGGUCCAAUGGCUACGACUUCGGGCUCCACCGCCUCCGCAUCCAGGUUCUCCGAUCCGGCCCCGUACCGCGCCGCUCAAACCCUAAACCUGUCCUCUCCAUCGGAGUCUCGCCGCCGCGCCAUGGCGGCGGAACCGCCAGAGCCCGCAUCCUCGCAGGAUGCCCAGCUCGCGGCCUCCUCCUCCGCCGCUUUAGCCGGCGUUGGCGGCCCCAACCCGUGCUGCGCAAAGCUGUGGAAGAAGUACCAGAAAUUGGAGACGAGCCGGACGGCGCUGCGGGAGGCGGUGAAGCUCCUGCAGGCCGAGAACGAGAAGCUGCAGAAGGAGAACUCGGAGCUCAGCAAAGUUCAAAGAGGAGGGCUUUGCGCCAGAGAUGUGACUUUAAACAAAUAUAAGAAGAACAGGGUGCUUCGUUUACAGGUUCAUAGCUUGCUUCUUGUCUCACCAAGAACACUGAAGAACAGUCCAACUGUGCCAGUUCGUGAAUGGGGAAUUGGAUAUAUUGUACCAUAUCUGCAAUUCUUGUCUUUCCGCAACUUCUUGGGUGUGAAAUUUCAUGGAGAUGGGGAACACCAGACGACUGGAGGUGCUCAAGGAAAGAGGCACAAAAACACCAAAGGGGGUUCACUCAUAUUCCUAUCUGCAACACUGGCACUCAAGAAGAACUUGCAGUAUCAUUUGAUAGCUUGCAGCCUCAAUCGACGUUGCAAUACAAAAACCAGCGACUUUGUAUUCCAACCCCUGAAGUGCAGAGUGCAGUACCAAAAUGGUUCUUGCUAUGGCCUCAAGUGGUACUGCUGCGUUCCAUGCAAAACAUCGGUGGCGGUAAAAUAACCUCUAUGUAAAAGGGAAAGGAGCAACGUGGAAGCGUCAAUGGUAACUGUUUCCAUGCAAGGGACAACCAUAUAGCCUUGACGGUGCUUGGACGGUGGGUGCAUGCGCACCGCAUGCAAAGGUCAGCUACAGCUUUGGACGGUGCCAUGCAUGCAUGUUCAUUUAAUGGACAGUGUAAAAAGAUAAAGAAGGAAGUAGGCCUGCAUGGUAAACCUGUAGAUGCAAAGGACAACUACAUAGUUUUGGACGGUGGGCGCAUGCACACCGCAUGCAAAGGACAACUACAACUUUGGACGGUGGCAUGCAUGUAUGUUCAUUUAAUGCUAGACUCAUGCAUGCACUUAUGUGUACUAUGUAAUGCAUAUGCUGAACCCUGCAUCGAGCUGCCUGCCAUGGCAUUUAUGGAGGCAGUACUCUAUGUGGGGCAUGGAGGUACACUUUCAUCUAAACCGUGAAUUUUGCAUCUAAA